AGUCGGGACCACCACCUCUUUUAUGCCAGGGUCCGGCAGCAGCUUGGGCCUCCUCCCUGUUCGUUCAACGUUGUCACUUCUGGGGUGACUAACAUCCGUAUCGAGUACGGGCAUCAACCGAGUUCAUUCAUGUUUAUUUUAGGACACGCCGUUUAAGAAACACCAGUUGUAGGCGACAUUGAGGAUUCAACAGCAAAGCAAUUGGCGGGUAGGAUUUGAUGAAGUAUGGAUACCUGCCUAGUUCAUCGUUCCUGAUUGAAGGUCUCCCUGCCAGCUUUUCAAAUCCUUCCAGGUUUCGUUUCUCUCGGCAGCGCUCCGAAAAAAAAGGAACGCCCAGCAAUUCAACACAGCAUCCGAAUCGGGGCCCCCUGUCGUCAACUCAGCCUUGCUUUUGUCCGACAAGAGGGGAUGCAAGGCUAGGAUGGCCUGUAAAAUGGAAGAUGCCUUGUACUACGACCGCUGGGGGAGGGAGGUGGCUGGCUGGUGGGGCAAGGAACAUGGACAGAAGCUGCCCGCGUUCCUGGCGGGGUUCCUGUCGCGUCAUCUCUAACGGCCACCCGCCCGCUGAUCGGGGAACGCACCCAGGGGUUCUUUUCGACCACUGCAGCCUAGAAGCUGGGGUCGACUUGAGCGGAGAAUCGCAGUCCAAAAAAGACAAAGCUGCUGCGACGCGCGCGCGAUGCGACAUCAAGUCACGUCGUCGUCACGACCACAACCGCUGUGGCUUGGGAGGUCUUGUCUUCACGGGUGUUCCUUUACAAUAUUUCUCGCCAUUAUGUGCGCGGAAUCCUCGGGGCUAUCUCGCGAUUGCUAGGAGGGAUAUUAUGUGGCUUGACUUUCUCCAAAGAAUGCGGCUUGUCCAUCCAUUCGCACAAAACCUCUACUAGCCCCGAAAGCCGGCUCCCGGAAAAAAGCAGGCAGGACAGCCCGCCAAUUCCGGCGUACCUUGUUUAAGCUUGCGUGCUCGGUCCUGAUAGCGAGCGAGCACACAAUGCUCUCUCUCCCUUGAUGAUCGUGACGUGGAUUGGUUCACGGACGCAGUCAUUUGCC